CUCCUUCUGCAAAACCAAAAGCAAGAGGUGGCUGUGCAGAGGAGGAAUGGGAUAUGUUUCUAUCCAGAGGCAGCUCUCCUGACUCAGCUGGUGCAGCAUUUCUAGCAGUUGGAACACCACAGCCAAAGCUUUUUUUCUGACAGAGCUCUCCUUCCCACCACCUGCUGUGCUGCCUUGCUUCCUUUUUCCCAACCCCCCCCCUUACUUUCUUUCCUUUUCUUACCUGUUAGCGGGGAUUUUGGAGGGCUGGGAGUGGGAACUGGGAGAGGAGCAUCAUCCUUGGAAGAGAGGAACCUCCAAGAUGACUUCUGUACCCACAGCCACCUGGAACAUCAGCAUGAGCAGCAGGUGGAACAUGAGCCUUGCUGCAGCGGGCAGUCCCUGGGGAGAGGUGCUGGAAGCACCAGUUGGAAAUGCUUCUCCCCCAGUAGCAUCCUCAGCAGCCAACUUCUCCAACCAGUUUGUGCAGCCCUCUUGGCGCAUUGCCCUGUGGUCCCUGGCUUACGGCAGCGUGGUGGCGGUGGCCGUUUUUGGAAACCUCAUUGUCAUCUGGAUUAUCCUGGCUCACAAGCGCAUGAGGACGGUGACCAACUACUUCCUGGUGAACUUGGCCUUCUCAGAUGCCUCCAUGGCUGCUUUCAACACCCUCAUCAACUUCAUCUACGCGCUGCACAGCGAGUGGUACUUCGGAGAGGCUUACUGCCGCUUCCACAACUUCUUCCCCAUCACAGCUGUCUUCGCCAGCAUCUACUCCAUGACAGCAAUAGCUGUGGACAGAUACAUGGCCAUUAUUGAUCCCUUGAAACCCAGGCUCUCUGCAACUGCUACCAAGGUGGUCAUUGGGAGCAUAUGGAUUUUGGCUUUCCUGUUGGCCUUUCCCCAGUGCCUUUACUCCAUCACCAAGGUGAUGCCUGGGAGAACUCUUUGCUAUGUAGCAUGGCCAGGUGGUCCAAACCAGCAUUUUACGUAUCAUGUCAUUGUGAUUGUCCUGGUCUACUGUUUCCCACUGCUUGUCAUGGGCAUCACUUAUUCCAUAGUGGGAAUUACCCUCUGGGGAGGAGAAAUACCAGGUGACACGUCCAACAAGUACCACGAGCAGCUCAAAGCUAAGAGAAAGGUGGUGAAAAUGAUGAUUGUGGUGGUUCUGACAUUUGCCAUCUGCUGGCUGCCCUACCACAUUUACUUCAUAGUUACUGGGAUCUAUCAGCAAUUAAAUAGGUGGAAAUAUAUUCAGCAAAUCUAUCUGGCCAGCUUCUGGCUUGCCAUGAGCUCUACAAUGUACAAUCCUAUCAUCUACUGCUGCCUCAAUAAAAGGUUCCGAGCUGGCUUCAAGAGAGCUUUCCGGUGGUGCCCCUUGGUGGAGGUGUCCAGCUGUGAUGAGCUGGAGCUGAAGGCAGCCAGGUUUCACCCCACCCAGCAGAGCAGCCUCUACACCGUGUCCAGAAUGGACUCCAACAUGACUGUGGUGAUGGACACCAACGAUGGAGACAACACCCAGGCCAGCCGUAAGAAAAGAGCAGUGCAGAGGGACUCCAGCUUCAAUGGCUGUUCACAGAGGAAUUCCAAGACCAUUUCCGUGGCCUCAAGUCUCAUCAGUUCACUGCACACACCAGCAGGUGAUUAUUCCUAA